CUGACUGUUUAUCUGUCUGUCUGCAUGUGUCUGUUUGUGCUUUUACUUUGUCUCUUUAACGUCAUUAUGUCUGAAAACAAACUGAUUUCCUUGGAUUUUGAGAUUUUUGGUAAUGUGCAGGGUGUUUGCUUCAGAAUGUACACAGAGGAUCAUGGCCAGAGUCUGGGACUGAGCGGCUGGGUGAAGAACACCAGGCAGGGAACCGUGAUUGGUCAAAUCCAGGGACCUCAAGACAAAGUCAAUGAGAUGAAAGUCUGGCUGAAGAGCGUCGGCAGUCCAAGCUCCCGAAUCGACCGAGCAGUCUUCUCCAACGAGAAAGACAUUUCUAAACUGGAAAUCCACGGUUUCUCCACCCGCUACUGAGCAUGCCCAUACACCGCUGACAGGGUUAGGGGGAAGAAGAUUUAUUUAUUUAUUGCACCAUCCAUUACUAUCCAUCUCCAUGCAGAACCUGAACCUCAUUGAGAUCUUUAGGGUGUCUAGUGUCUGAUGUAGAAGUACAAAGUCUCUGAGCUUAAUUCCAUCUUAAAUUACAUUCAACUAUGGAGGCUCGAACCGAUUGCCAUCCAAAUAGUAAAAACCCUUUUCCCAGA